CACGCAAAACCUUAAAAGUACUCUCGUACUUACAUCUAUAUCUCUCUCUCUCUCUCUCUCAUUGUCACUUCUUUGGUAGCUGCAUCAAAUAGUUCCUACAGUUUCCACAUCAAAGCCAUAAUCAUCACGCCUCUCUCUCUAUUCUUUUUCCCACAACACAACAGUUUCCACAUCAAAACACCGACCCAUCAGUCUCUCUCCUCUCUCUAAAAAGCUCAUGAAUCACUGCUCUCCAGACAUUCCAGGACCAUUCUGGUGGACAAAAAACCACCACCACCACCACCAACAACAACAACCACCCUUCAUGGAACCCCCUCCCAAAACCCCUUCUUCCCACCACCACAGCGCCGCCGCAGCCACGGCGGGCUUCAAUGUCAACCUGAACAACCAAGAAGACGACGAGGAAUUAGCCGUCGGAGAAGAGAGAGAAAACCCAGAAGAUGAACAAUUCGAAGAAAUAGUCAAAGAACCCAUGUUCGAAAAGCCUCUGACUCCGAGCGAUGUCGGAAAGCUAAACCGACUCGUCAUUCCGAAACAACACGCCGAGAAAUACUUCCCCCUCGGCGGCGGCGGAAGCGAGAAGGGUUUGUUGCUGAGUUUCGAGGACGAGUCAGGGAAGUUGUGGAGGUUUCGGUACUCGUACUGGAACAGUAGCCAGAGCUACGUCUUGACUAAAGGCUGGAGCAGAUUCGUCAAAGAGAAGCGGCUCGACGCCGGCGACGUCGUUUUGUUCGAGCGCCACCCCGUCGACGCCGACCGCCUUUUUAUUGGCUGGAGGCGGCGCUCCAUCGACGGAGCGGUGGCGCCGCCGGGUGCGGUGGUGGGUAGUGCUGGCGGUGGAAGAGGUGGGGGGUGGACCAGGGUGUUCUAUUCUGCGCAUUCUUAUCCUUCGCACCCUCCUAGUAAUAAUGGGCCUCAUGCUAUCCCUAUCCCUAUUGCUAUUCCUAUACCAUACCAACCCGACUGUCUUCGUGCAGGGACAGUUGUGCAGAACCAAACAACACCUAGUAGUGGGAACUCCAAGAGACUGAGGCUGUUUGGGGUGAACCUGGAGUGCCAGACAGAUGGGUCCGAGCCAUCCACCCCAGAUGGUUCAUCCAUGUCGAGCCAGGGUCAAGCCCACUGCCAAUAUUGCACCAUUAAUAAUCCUCAUGCUUCAAACCACCAUCAAAGUGACAGCAUGGAUAUCAAUUAUUAUCGCCAAGGAUAAAGAUCUGAGGAUGUGACUUCCAGGAAUUGACUAAUUUACAAGAACUUGGAAUGUCCACAACAACAAAAAAAAAAAUUAAAAAAAAAAUU